CCGCCCGCCCUACCACAGCUAAAUGGUUUUCGUCCUUGGGGUGCUCUGUCCUGCGGAAAGCAAUCCGUGUCCAUCUGUCCCAGCUCUGCCCGCCCGCCUCGCAUCUACCCUUCUCUUCUGACUCCGCCCCACAUCUGUCCGGAACCGCCUCCCGCUGAAGCUGACCCAGUGCGCGUCCGCCAGUCAGUCCCUCCGGACCUGCCGCGAGUCUCAGACUGCCGAAAUUACCGCGCGUCACUCGCCUCAACAGUGAUUCUGAAACUGCUUUUAGCUUCCUUCGCCUUGGCUUUCUUCUUUUUGUGAACAGCUGCUUGGCCCAUAGCUUAGAGAAAUCAGCCUUUUUUUCUCUCCCGCGAAAGCCUCCUUCCUGUGCUUAGAAAGAUGGGGAGUGGAGAGCCUAAUCCUGCUGGCAAGAAAAAGAAGUACCUCAAGGCUGCCCUGUACGUGGGUGACUUGGACCCAGAUGUUACUGAGGACAUGUUAUAUAAAAAGUUCAGGCCUGCUGGCCCUCUGCGCUUCACCCGAAUCUGCCGUGACCCUGUGACCCGCAGCCCCCUGGGCUAUGGCUAUGUUAACUUCCGCUUUCCUGCAGAUGCUGAGUGGGCCCUGAAUACCAUGAAUUUUGAUUUGAUUAAUGGCAAACCUUUCCGCCUCAUGUGGUCUCAGCCAGAUGACCGCUUAAGAAAGUCUGGAGUUGGAAAUAUAUUCAUCAAAAACCUGGACAAAUCCAUAGAUAAUAGGGCCCUUUUUUAUUUAUUUUCUGCUUUUGGGAACAUUCUCUCCUGCAAAGUCGUAUGUGAUGACAAUGGCUCUAAGGGUUAUGCCUAUGUGCACUUUGACAGCCUGGCCGCUGCCAAUAGAGCCAUCUGGCAUAUGAAUGGGGUGCGGCUCAACAACCGCCAGGUGUAUGUUGGUAGAUUCAAAUUCCCAGAAGAGAGGGCAGCUGAAGUCAGAACCAAGGAUAGAGCAACUUUCACUAAUGUUUUUGUUAAAAAUUUCGGAGAUGACAUGGAUGAUGAAAAACUGAAGGAAAUCUUUAGUGGAUAUGGGCCAACUGAGAGUGUUAAGGUAAUAAGAGAUGCUAGUGGGAAAUCUAAGGGCUUUGGAUUUGUGAGGUAUGAGACGCACGAGGCUGCCCAAAAGGCUGUGUUAGACCUGCAUGGAAAGUCCAUCAAUGGGAAAGUUCUGUACGUAGGGCGAGCACAGAAGAAAAUUGAACGAUUGGCUGAGUUAAGACGAAGAUUUGAACGGCUGAGAUUAAAAGAAAAAAGUCGGCCUCCGGGGGUGCCUAUCUAUAUUAAGAACCUGGAUGAGACCAUCGAUGAUGAAAAACUGAAGGAAGAAUUUUCUUCCUUUGGAUCAAUUAGCCGGGCCAAAGUGAUGGUGGAAGUAGGGCAAGGCAAAGGGUUUGGUGUUGUCUGCUUCUCCUCUUUUGAAGAUGCUACCAAAGCAGUGGAUGAGAUGAAUGGUCGCACGGUGGGCUCCAAGCCCCUGCAUGUCACCCUGGGCCAGGCCAGGCGCAGGUGGUGAGAAUAAGAAUGCUCAAUUUGGUGCAGCCUUUAGCUGGUGCCUACUUAGUUUGGGCUACUUUGUGAUGAGGUUAUUUUAUGCCAGGCUUUCUUUCCUUUCCUUUCCUUUCCUUUCCUUUCCUUUCCUUUCCUUUCCUUUUCUUUCCUUUUCUUGUCUUGUCUUUUCUUUUCUUUUCUUUUCUUUUCUUUCUUUCUUUUUCUUUCUUUCUUUCUUUCUUUCUUUCUUUCUUUUUGAAGUAAAUACUUUCUUUUGAAAAAAUAAGUAAAACUAGAAAACCUUGUUCAUUUUAGUGAAGAAUAUAAUUUCUAAUUGUAAAACUGUCAUUUUGUACCAUUUUUUGAUAAAAUAUCCUUAGGGAUAUAUAGAAUAAACUUUGUCCCUCCACAUAUUGUUUUCAUUAUUAUUAUUAUUUACCUAAACCAGUCAAGGUGAGGUACUUGAGUAUAUUUACUUCCUUAUUGCAAUUAUACUGCUAAAUGUAAUUUCUUCUAUGAAAAUAUUCUCAAAAUGGCCAUUAUUUCUGAAUCUAUCACACAGAAAAGUUCUAACUUGCUUUUUGAGAAAUCAGUAAAGCAGGGGAAAAUGUAUGUGAUCCGAUGAACAUUUGUGCAUAAUUUUACUUUAUUAUUUAAAAUGGAUAUUAUUUUCAAAAGAUCUGAGUUUUCUUUAUUUCGUUAUACAUUUUUCCCCUUUUUAAUGUAUUGUGGGCAUAUCAGAGAGUUGACAGUGGCUUUGACUAAGUAUUGGGAGUUGUAUUCAACUUCAUGCCCAGAAAUAAACCUAUUAGUGUUUUCUCAAUUAGUAUAUUAGAAAAUUAACACUUUAAGCAUUAUUAAAAUGAUGAAUUUUAUCUUAAAAAUCUUUUCUGAGAGAGUUGAUAUAUGAGUACAGUCUAAGCAGCAUUCUUGCCACUCAUUUUUUAAAACUCCUUAGUAGUACACAUGGGUCAUGUUAAGUUAACAAAAAAGGUAAAUAACUGCACUGAAUUGCCUUUACCUAUAGAAAAUUUUAAAAUUUUUACUUCAGCAUCUAUAAAGUGUCAAUAAAAAGGGUAAAUAAUCCAUAUAAUGAUGUUGAAAAAUUUCUUUGAAGGACAUCUUUUAUUAAACUUGUCGUUAUCUCUUGUAAAUUUUUGAAUACAUCCAUGUGAUAAUAUUCACAGAUGUAUCAAAGCCUCCAUCUGUUAUAUGAGAGCUAUUAAUCCAGUAUGGUUCUCUUUAUGUCUGGCUGCUUCGAAGUUGUGACAAGAUGUCCUGUUCUAUAUUGCAGUUACAUUAUUUAUCCUGUAAUUUCUAGAUUGCAGAUUUUCAGUAUUUUACUUGUAGUCUCCUCUUUUCUCCACCCAUCUACCUUCCAUCCAUAUUACACUUACUUUUAUGUUUUCUUUAGAUUGCCUUUCAUUUAAUAUGUGAGUGUUCAAAUCAUUUUGGAAGUAGAGAAAUAAUUACUUAAUUUAUGUAAAAUUUUAAAAAAUCCUUUUUAAAAAUAGGGUUUAUUCACAUCAUAUAUCCAACCAUAAAAAAUGUGUUGUCUCUAUUCUUAAUUGGCUUUUAUUAUGUUAACUACAAAUUUUAGGUUACAUGCAUAAUACAACAUAGAUAUAUAAUUUUGUUAACACUUGUUAACUAUUUUCCCAUAAAACAAAGAGAAAGAACUUUCUCUGUGUAAUUGUUUAUCUACAAAUUACAUGUAUAUUCAUUAUCAAAUAUUUUCAAAUGGAAAUCACUGUUUUUAUUGAUCAUAUACAUAAUACAUGCUCAUUGUUUAAAAAAUGUACACAAUGCAGACAUUUAUAAAGAAUUAAUUAUAAGGAAUUAAAUUCCCACAUUUCAGAGAUAACCACUAUUAAUGAUUUCAUUGCAUACAUAUACUUUUCUCCUAUGUAAACACACUCUUUUACAAUCAACAAAAAAAUACUAUAUGUACUAUUUUGUGUUUCUUUAAAUUUUAAGCUAAAAAAAUAUCAAUCUGUAUCAUCAUUUUAGUGACUGCAUAGUAUUCAAUUGCGUGCAUGUACUAUAGCUUAUCUAAGUAACGCAUUGAAUAAUACUUACAUGUUUUCCAGUGUUUUCUACAUUUGUAAACAACCUUGUGAUGAACUCCCUUGCUUAAAACAGUAUGAGUUAUAUGAACUUGAGGAAAAGUAUCUAUACCAUGUAAAAGCUUAGGUCUGCUAAAAAUUAGAAUGCACAUUAUAUUGAUAUAUGUAUCAACAUUCUGGAAAACAUUCAAGAUAUAUUCUUUACUUAAAUUGACAAAAGUAAAACUAAAAACUAAUGGGAUAUAAUUUUCAUAUUUUAUGAGCCCACUGCUUUACAUAAUUGUGACCAUUAAAAUAUAUGAAAACAGUGCAACCUGAAAUAAAUUUAAAAUAUCUACAUUGGUAAUUACUUACUAUAUGCACUCUCUAUUCCUUUUUACCAAUUACCAGUUUUUAUUUGAAUUUAUAAACUUGAAGUGUUAGUGUUAACCAGAACCUUUACAAAUGCUUUGAAUCAGUAUAAAUCAUGCAAGAUUUCUAGAAGGUAAAAAUCUUCAAGUAUAAAAGCAUUUAAUACAUUUGAGGAAAUUAUUUAAGUAUUUAAAUAAUUAUUAUUUUUAAAAAGUUAGCCAUUACAAAUAAAGGAAUAAUUAAAAUAUGCCCAAGUACAGAUAAAUUAUACGUUAGGACACUGCAAAGCAGUAAAAAACAAAACAAAACAAAACAAAACAAACCUCUGUAAAUUCAGUUGGUAAAAAGAAAGGAAAAAUUAUAAAGGAAAGAUAAUCUCUAUUUGAACACAAACACCUGGGUAAUUUUUCAAUCUUGUACUUUUCAUUUUUAACUACAUUUAAUAGACUUAUAAUUAAGGUUUUCAAGGGGGAGCAAAACAACUGAACAGCUUAAAUUUGUGAAAAAAAAACAUUAAAAGUAGGAUAUUGUUCAUUUCCUAGCACAAGAUAAUUAGUAAAUUAGUAAAACUAUACUGUCAAUUGUCAUGGUAAACUUAAGAAUGGACUAUUUAAUACAAGUUUUGUUUGUUUCCCCCAGCCUUUUUCAGCUUUUCAAAACAGUCACUGUACAAACUUCAAAUGUGCCCAGGAGAAGAAAAUUAAAAACAUUGCUUUGUGAUUGUAAACCAUCAUAUUAAAAGUUAUUCUGUUGAGACUAUUCUGUACAAAAAACUUCUUCAUAUACUGUUGCCUUUCUGGUUGUAUCUAUGAUUAAGGGGACAAACAAAAUGUUACAUGUUAAGUGAUAUUUUCAGUACAGGGGAAAAUGUAAGAAUACUAUGUGUUUAAGGGAAUAUUUAGGAAUGGUGUGAAUGCCAUCCUACCUAUAAAUAAAUGGCUUGAUUUAAGGAAAUAGUUUAAAAUGCAUCCGUAAAUUACUGAAUAUAGAUGAUAUAUGUGUUCCCAGCAUCUACAUUAAUACCUGGAAUAUAGUUAGCAUUCCAUGGUUGCUUGUUGAAUUAUCCCUCAAUUUGUUUGUUUUUCAAUUGUCUCCUCAGUAUUUCACAGGAGAAAUGAGUUAUUACAGAAUAAGCCAUUUUUUAUCAAAUUUCAUCCCAUAAAGAAAUAAUUGAGAGCUGAUUAGUUACAUAGAUUGGCGCUUCUAAUAUGGUGUUACUGGUGACAUAGACUAGUGCUUAUCCUGUUGAGGUGUUAUCGAUACUUUUACACUUCUCAUGAUUUCUUUUUUUAUUAUUGUUCAACAAUUUAUUGAUGAGUUUAUCUUAGACAAAGCUUCUAAUAAUUGACAUAAGUUAAAUGAAAAUAUAUUUGUAGAGAAACAUUUUUUAAAUAAAUUAAUGGGAUGUUGCUUCAAGACCAAGACAAUUUCCACAAGGCCUUGUUCCUACAUUAAAUCAAGUGAUCACAAGAAUCCCUGAAAAACUAGUGCUUGUGCAUGUGAAAUUAAUUGUUUCUUACAUACUUCAUGGUGUUACUUCCCAAGAAAUAUAACCUAACAAAUGCUUUCUUUGAGAUUCAAGAGAGUUAAUAUAACCACUUGGCUUCAAGGGAUCAUGGUCAGUAGUUAGAAAUAAUCUAGCUACCAUUGGAAAUCUGAGAAAGGCCUAACUCAAUGUACAAAUAUUGAGGAUAUAAUUUAUAUGAAACUUAAAAAAAAUAACUCCAAGUACUUUCACCGUCAAAAGUCAAAUUCAGUUUUAAAACAUCUCCCAUUUGGCACACAAAAAUGACCAGUGUUCUCAUUAAAUUUCUCAACAGAAGUUUGAAGCCUUUGCAUUUUAUUUAAUUAAGAAAAUAUUUAGUUCUUUGGAGAGACUUGCAAGAAAAGAGAUGAGUGAUGAUAUUAUAUGUCAUGACUGUCUCAGUUAUCAGAGUAAAUUAGUUUCUUUGUUUUAAAACUAGUAAGUGAAACACCAGGUGUUGGCAUCUUUUCUAUUAAAAAAUAAGCCUUCUAUAAUGUAGAAUAAAUAAUUUUACAAAUU